CUUCCGUGUUGGUCACGCUCGGCACGUCGUCGUUGUCAUCCUAGGUUGAUCGGGGGUUCGUGAGCAACAGUGUUGUGCUCAACCUGAGAUUGGUGAAGUUAGAGAAAGAGAGAGAAUGGCUUCUGGUAUAGAGAAGAUGAGCAUAGAGCAGCUGAAGGCUCUCAAAGAACAAGCGGAUCUUGAGGUCAAUCUUCUUCAAGAUAGCAUCAAUAAUAUUCGCGCUGCCACUGCCCGUCUCGAUAUUGCUUCUUCUGCCCUCCAGGAUCUGUCUCUGCGCCCUCAAGGAAAGAAGAUGUUGGUACCUCUUACUGCAUCACUCUAUGUACCUGGCACUCUUGAUGAUGCAGAUAAAGUUUUGGUUGAUGUUGGAACAGGGUACUUCAUUGAGAAAACAAUGACUGAAGGAAAAGACUAUUGUGAGCGCAAAAUCAACCUGCUGAAAUCCAACUAUGAUCAACUUGUUGAUGUUGCAUCGAAAAAGCGAAGUGUAGCAGAUGAAGCAGGGGCAGUCUUACAGGCCAAAUUGAAGCAAUUAGCUUCUUCUCCAUAGCUAGUCGGUACAGAAUACAAGUGCUUUCCGCCAAGACAAUGUACCGUAGAUGAGCAAAUCAGUAGCGUCAUUCAUAUUUUUGUUGGUUGAUUUGCAUUAAAAAAAGUUCAAUAUAGACAAUGCUUUAAAUGGUUUUUUGAUGAGAGCUUAAAUAUGCCAAUGACACUACCUACUUUCUACGGAGGAAAGACCAGCAAAGCUGCUUGAAGGACCCCCUUAAAUCUCAUGUGUCAGUAGUCUCCUCUCCGUCUUAAUUCGUUAUUGGAUUGUUAGAAUUCGUCUUGCUCAAUCUUUUCGAUUAAAGAAGUGCUCAUUUUAGGAUCUCUUUAAUUUCUAGAAGGACAAAGUGCUUCUUUCGCUAGUCUAUCGUAAGCCUCCAGAAGGGUAUUAUCAGAUUAUACUUGAUUAUUUUUCUCCUGACUGUUCUUA